AUGAAAAAGAAACAUUUGGAAUGUUUCCUGUCGCAAAUUGAAACAUUUCAAAAUUUCAAACUGCAAUUGGAGCAAUACUCAACCAGUGUUGAACUCGCAGAAGCAAUAUUGAAUGCGGUCGCAGAGGAAGGAUGUAUGGACGGUUGCACUGUUGCGGAUUUGGGUUGUGGUCCUGGUAUAUUACUUCUAGGAGCUGUUAAACUUGGUGCAAGUUAUGGAUUAGGUAUUGAAAUUGAUGAAGAAGCAAUCAAUAUUUGUCGAAAUAAUAUUGAGCGCUGUGAUUUGGGUAAUGUUGUUGAUGUGAUCUGUUUGGAUGUUACAAAGAAUAUCAGUGCUUUAAAGCCUAUUUUUGAUACUGUUAUCAUGAAUCCACCGUUUGGUACCAAAAAUAACGCAGGCAUGGAUUUACGAUUUGUCAAAGCAGGUUUAUCGAUUCUAAAGAAAAAUGGAAAACUUUUCUCGUUGCAUAAAAGUAGUACAAGACAAUAUAUUGUUAAAUUCGUUGCCCAAAAGUUACCCGAUAUUAGUGCUGACUGCAUUGCACAACUACGUUGGAAUUUACCCGCAACAUACUCAUAUCAUCGACGACAAUCAGUAGACAUAGAAGUUGAUUUAUGGCAAUUCUCUAUCAAUUCUAAAAAUGUUUCUGCGAUUGGAUAA